GUUCCCUGGCGGAGGCCAAGGCCUCUUAGGGCUCAGAUGUCGGGUUCCAGAUGCCUGGUCUCAGAGCGGGGAAAACUGUCUCUGGGGAAGCCCCACUCCACACGCCGCCCAGGCAACAUGCCCCAGGCCACGGCUGUGUGGCCCCAUCUGCCCUCGCCCACUCCCCGGUGGUGGCUGCUCCUCUGGGGAGUCCUUCAGGCUUGCCCCACGCAGGGCUCCGUGCUCUCGGCCCAGCCGCUGCCCCAGAAGCUGGCGUCCCCCGGAUACCCGGAGCCAUAUGUCAAAGGCCAAGAGAGCUCCACGGACAUCGAGGCUCCAAAGGGCUUUGCCGUGAGGCUCGUCUUCCAGGACUUCGACCUGGAGCCGUCCCCGGACUGUGAGCGGGACUCCGUCACAAUUCCCCACCUUUUGGGGGCUUCAUUUACAAUUUGUGAGAUCACAGCCAGUGGGAUGGAUCCCAGCCGGUUCUGUGGGCGGCAGGGGUCCCCGCUGGGCAGCCCCCCUGGUCAGAGAGAGUUUGUGUCCUCGGGGAACAGUUUGCGGCUGACCUUCCGUGCACCCGCCUCUGAGGGCAGGACUCUGGGCCUCCACAAGGGCUUCCUGGCCUUCUACCAAGCCGUGCGUGUGAAUCAUGGUCAGCCCAUCAGCCAGGCAACCGAGGGACCCGAGGCCACCAACAUACCUGGAGACAACUCCACUGAGAUCCAGAGCCACUGCCAGGGGCCCUAUUAUCAGGCCAUGCCCGCAGGGACACUCACCUGCACUGCCCAGGUGCCCUGGAAGCAGACACAGGACAGGGAGGAGGUUCCUCACUGUGUGCCUGUCUGCGGAAGGGUCAUCAUCCCCAUCGCCCAGAACCGGGAGUCCCUUGGUGCCUCCAGAGCGGAGCUGGGCAACUUUCCCUGGCAGGCCUUGACCAGCAUCUACGGCCGUGGCGGCGGGGCCCUGCUGGGUGACAGGUGGAUCCUCACUGCCGCCCACACCAUCUACCCCAAGUAUGGCAUCUCCCUCGGGAGGAGCCGGCGCGCAGAGGUGUUCCUGGGCCACACCGACCUAGACGAGAUGCUGGAGCUGGGCGGCCACCCCGUGCGCCGCGUGGUCGUGCACCCGGACUACCGCCAGGACAAGCCCCACAACUUCCACGGGGACAUCGCCCUCCUGGAGCUUCAGCACCGCGUCUCCCUGGGCCCCCACCUCCUCCCGGUCUGCCUGCCCGACCGCGAGGCCCUGUACCGCCCGGGCCUGGCGGGCUACGUCAGUGGCUUUGGCGUGGAGAACGGCUUUUUGACCACAGAGCUGAAAUACUCCCGGCUGCCCGUGGCCCCGAGGGCGGCCUGCGAGGCCUGGCUCCGAGAGAAGCGGAGGACUGAGGUGUUCUCCGACAGCAUGUUCUGCGCUGGGGACAGGGUGCGGCCGCAGGGUGUCUGCCAGGGGGACAGUGGUGGCGCCUAUGUGGUGUGGGACGAUCGUGCCCGUCGCUGGGUGGCCACGGGCAUUGUAUCCUGGGGCAUCGGGUGUGGCGAGGGGUAUGGUUUCUACACCAAAGUUCUCGCCUACGUGGGCUGGAUCAGGGGAGUGAUGGGCAGGAAGGACUAACCCCAGGGUGCUGAGCAGGGGCACCCACUGUGGAGCCCAGACGGGAGAGGGUUGGGUUGAGGAUUGAGCCCUGGGCCUGGGAAGAUGGGGUCAGGGAUUCCUAUUCAGGGGUCAAGGCUGCAGCAAACCGCUGAGCCAGAGAAAUCCUCCGCCUCCCUCAGCCCCCUCCUCCUCACCCUCCACCUUCAUGCAGGUUUGCACUACACCCAGGAAGCCCCAUACCUCUCUUCGAAUUUCCACUUUGAACUCCAUCACCUGCGGACACGGUUUCUUUUGUACUCUCCUGGGAGACAGUAACCUUCUCAUCCCCCUGCUCAAGUUCAGUAUCAGGAAGCAGUCUCAAUUCAUUUCAUUUCUGAAACAUUCUGAAGCCCCUUCAGUCCACUUUCAAAUAUUCAAACCCUUGGCUUCACCUAGCACAACUCCUGGCUACAAUUACAGUCAUAGCUCUUUUCUGUUCUUUUACAUCUUCUGUAUACCAGGCGCUUCAUGUGUGUUACUUCACUGACUCCUCACACCAACUUUGCAAAGGAUGAGUUAUUAUCCACAUUUUACCAAGGAGAAAACUAAAACUCAAGGAGAUGAAGGGACUUUUCCAAACCCCACAGCUGUUACAGGACGACGAAGACGUGUGAUUUUCAGUGCACCUCAACGACACCUCUCAGGUGUCCUCAAGACCUACUGUAUCACCCACUCCCCAGUCCCUACUUCCUUUCAGAUUCUCCCUCCUGGGAAUUCCUGCCUCGGUGAAGAUGACUACAGCGGGCUUAUGCUUUCCUGUUGGCCCCACUCCUACAGACACCUAGGUGAGCCCAGUCCUAGGCUGGACGGUCCUGCAGGCACCCCCCCAGUGCUGCUGGACACCCUGGGCCGUGUCCCCACCAUCAAGCUCACUGCUCCACCUGAAAAGACCAACUCUUUAAUUUUCAGUAAGGACUUGAGGUAACUUACAGUAAAAGACACAAAUAAAAUACAGUUGUUCAAAUGGAAAACAAAGAGACGCAAAUAGAAAACAAUUGUUCAGGGCUUCCUCGGUGGUACAGUGGUUAAGAAUCUGCCUGCCAAUGCAGGGGACACAGGUUCAAUCCCUGGUCCAAGAAGAUCCCACAUGCCACGGAGCAACUAAGCCAGUGUGCCACAACUACUGAGCCUGCACUCUAGAGACCACGCGCCACAGCUACUGAAGCCCAUGUGCCUAGAGCUCGUGCUCUGCAACAAAAGAAGCCACCACAAUGAGAAGCCUGCACACCACAACCAAGAGUAGCCCGUUGUCGACUUUAAAAAAAAAAAGCACAACCUGAGACUUGCAAGUUGAGUUUAUUUGGGGCAAAAUGAGGACUGCAGCCCGGGAGACAGCAUCCCAGAUAGCUCUGAGAAACUGUUCCAAAGAGGCGGGGGGCGGGGGGGGAAGAUUAGUAUAUAUGUAUUCUUGGUAAAGGAGGAGUACGUGCAAUCAAACACAUUUUCUUGUAAGGGGUUUCUGCUAGUCACGAGGAGCAGACGUCACCAUGUAGGGAGUUAGUGCUUUUCUAGAUAUGAGGAGAUGCAAGGGUUAGGCUCAUAAAAUCAGCUCCUGAAAACAUCUAACUGUCUGAAGACCUGUUCUGCCCAUUUUCCAAAGCACAGAGUGCCUCAUUCCUGAUCUCCACCCUGAACUCCAUUCCUGAUCUCCACCCUGAACUCCCUGAUGCUGAAGGUCAGCAGCUGCAGUAGCACGUGUGAUUUAACAGAGGUAGAUGGCAAGUGCCUGUGGCAAAUGCCAGUUUAUAGUUGACACCCUGCUCACCACAACUAGAGAAAGCCCGUGCACAGCAAAGAAGACCCAGUGCAGCCAAUAAAUUACUUAAGUUAAAAGAAAAAAAAAACAA